CCGGGAUGGCAGAUACUUUUGGCUCCUUGUUUCACCCGCUACUAUUGAUACUGACGACUGUACAACCUGAAGACUAGAUAAUCGUAACUUCGUAACAUAGGUAUGUUUCAGAUACUAUCAUCGAGUACCAGAAGUCAGUAACAAUACUCUGCAAAAUAAAAGCUUUCCCACCAGCGACAGUCUCAUGGUACAAAGGUGGGCGCCCACUCAGACCUGAAGGAAACCUGGAUGUGUCAGAAGACGGGUCCGUCCUCACUAUCCGGUCUAUGGAACCUAAAAUGGCCGACAACUACAUAUGCGAGGCGAGAAAUGAUGUUAGGAGGAAAAUUUACAAGUUCAGUGUGGAUAUUAGUGGUGUUGAGGCGCCAGAAAUAAAUAAGAAAAUUACCAGCAUCACGGCUGUGAAAAACUCCGAAGUGGACAUUCCGUGUCAGAUAACUAAAGGCAAGCCAACACCGACGAUUCGUUGGUCCUACAGAAAUGCCGCUGGUUCUUACACCAGCUUACACGAGACUACAGAUACCAUACAUUUAUACAACAUCAACGACACCAAUGCAGGCUCAUACACGUGUGUGGCAGAGAAUGUGGUUGAUAAGGACAUCCAUGGAAUUGAUCUGUUUGUAGAAUACAAGCCGUCAAUAUCAAGACCGUACCCGUCUAUAUUGACUGCAGACCUAGGGAAUGAGGUAACGUUGAGGUGUUCUGUCGUUGGAGAGCCGGCACCAAGAAUCACGUGGAAGCUCGAUGGUGUACCUAUAUCGAGAACUGCAAGACAUAUUAUUUAUGCAGAUGGGACUCUCCGAUUUUACGCUAUUUCAUCAGAUGAAGGAGAAUACGAAUGCGGAGCAAGCAAUACGCAUGGGGUAGACCGAAUUAGUUACACACUCCAUGUUUAUGUUCCAGUCGAUAUUGAGUCUCCCACCAACAGUUUGAUAAUGCAAAUGGAAGGGUCAAGGGUAACAUUGCCUUGUAGAGCGGACGGGUCUCCCAAGCCAAGUAUAACUUGGAUCUACCACAGCAAAGACGCUAAAAUCGGACCGAGUCGAAUGAGGCCAAGCGACGAUACUGGAAGGUUAAGCUUCGACAGGAUACAAUUGAGGCAGAGUGGUGAAUACACUUGCGUGGCUACCAACUCCAGAAGUUCUAAGAACAUCACGUAUGAAGUUUCAGUUUUAGCACCUCCUAAAAUUUACUACACUACAAAAGAGUUCCAUGGAGUAGUAGGUGACAUGGUACUUCGGAUUCCGUGCAAUGCUACUGGAAACCCAAAACCUGAAAUCACGUGGACUAUGGAAGGGUACUACUUAGCUUCAGGUACCAAAUGGUAUGACAUUAAUGCGGAUGGCAGUCUCAUUAUUAAGAAUAUCAAAGACAUAUCUGCUGGGUAUUACUCAUGUAAAGCUUCCAAUGAUUAUGGACAAGCAGAGGAAGAAUUUGAUGUCGUUGUUGACGAUUUUCCUGAUUUUGGAUUUCGUAUCAAUAAAUUCAAGUUGAGAAAAGGAGACUCGGCGUUGAUCCCUUGUAAUGUUCCGCGAAAAAAAACUGACAGAUUACUAUGGUAUAAGGAUGGUCGACUUCUUCCUUCCUCUGAUUUAGCAUUUCGCGUCUUGACCGAAUCGGACUCGGGAACGUACACAUGCCGCGUUAGCUCUAUGGACCGACCAGCAAUGAGUGGUUCCACUACGUUAGAGGUUGGCUCCAAACCACGAUUUGAAUAUCAUCACUAUAACAAUAACAUAGCCUUUAUGCCCGGAGAAUCUGCCACGAUGGACUGUACUGCUACCGGACUUCCAAAACCUAAGGUGCAAUGGUAUCAUAAUAACAGACCGAUACGCUUCAAAAACUUUAAAUAUGUCUUGGACAUGUACAGCGACUACGACAAAGGACGCUACACUUGCAUCGUCAGGAACUCACAUGGAACAGAGCAGCGAGAGUUUGUCGUUUCGUCAUUUGGAUGCCUGCUAAAUAUAAAGCACGACUUUAGUGCAAACGGACCUCUAAUGUUGACUUCCGAUAAUAAAGUAGCUAACUUUAAAACUAGCGGUGGCUACAUGCGUAUACCUAAAGACGAAACCAUCAAGUUGGUGUGUCCUUCGAGCUUUAACACGAUCCGUUUAAAAGAAAUGUUGGUAACUUGUGAAGAUGCGCAACAAUUUUUGCAUCAGUCAUCAGGCAGACGUUACGCUUACCCUGACCUUAAAUGCAGAGACAAAUGGCGACCAAUAGUAAAAAGAACAGGGCGACGGUGUGCAAAAAGAAAAGCUGAAAUAUUGAACGUUGGCUUCGAGACAGGAGAAACAUUCGAGACAGUUUACGAAGUUUGCCUUGCCCGGGAUUCAAAGAACCCUAUUUAUACAAAGCUAGACAUGCAACCAUCGCUAGCUAAUUCUGUAACUGAUAACGAUACUGUAUGGUUUAACUAUGGUUCUCCUGUGGACUUGGAUAGUUUAUACGAUUGCAGUAAUCAGAAUGCAGAGACCUCAGCGAUUUUGAAUAAGGAGUUUCACACAGGUGACGGCUGUUGUUUUGCGAAGAGAAUGUUGGUGAAUCCUUUGGACGUUGCUCCUGGGCUACACGAUGCCACCUACACCCAUCUAAAUGUUGUGCCUCAUUGGGGCACUUGUAACUCUAAGAAUUGGGAAGAAGUGGAGCGUCGUAUCAGGAAUCUGGUGGUGUCUUCGGACCGAACCCUACAAGUAUUCACCGGCACGGCGUAUAACCUGCAGCUGACGGAUUCAUUCUCGAGACAAAGGAAUGUGGUUCUUAACAGCAGGGGAAAGGGUGUCCAGGUUCCGAGGUACUUGUGGAAGGCAAACUUAUCUUGA